AUGGCUUCCGUCUUGGCGCUCUGCCUCACUACCUUUAUCGCAUUCACCGUGGCCGACACUACUCACUUCGUCUCGCAAAAUGCCGCAGCUCGUGCUGCUGUAGCUGCACGUGAUGCUAGCGCACUCCUCGCUCGCGGUCACCAUGCGCAUCCCCAUGCCCGUUCCCUCACACUGGCGCAAGGUCGCAAGUUCCGUGUCCGUCGUUCUACUGCAGCUCAGCGCGAGGCUCAAGCCAAGCUGAAUGCGUACGCUGAGAACCAAGCAGCUAUCAACACCAAGGUAAGAGGCGUGCCGUACGCCUUCCACUCGUAAAGCCUAAGCCGUCUGACUCACGCUCAUCUGAUCGGCACCCACAGUGGCAAGCUGCAGCGAUGGAGUCUCUCAAGAAGGGCGAAACCCCUCAGACCUUCGAGCAAUUCGCUGCUCAAGAUGACGGGUCAGCUGACGAUAGCUCAGAUGACGCUUCCGAUGAGUCAUCUGACGACAAUGACGACGAGCAGAAACCUACGUCCAAAACGAAGCCCACUCAGGAAAAGGCUUCCGAUUCAAAGCCCGCUCAGGACACGAAGCCCAAGCAGCAAAAGAGCCAGGACACAAAGCCCGAACAGCAUCAACAACAACAACACCAGCAACAACAGCAACAGGCCCAAACGCCCAAGCCUAGUCCGACAACCCACACCGAGACGCAUUCCUCGUCCAGCUCCGAAUCAACCUCAACUGGCCAAGCAGGCGCCGGCUCAGGCAAGCACUAUUCUGGUGAUGGUGAGUCUAGACCAAUCUUCGUUGACGCGCUGUGUGCUGACUGACACUUUUUUGGCGCCGUCCCAUUUAGGUACCUUCUAUGCCACUGGUCUUGGCGCCUGUGGCUGGACAAACAAGGACAGCGACUACAUCGUUGCCGUCUCUCAAGACCUCUACAACACUUUCGGCUUGUCCAACGAUUCAAAGGUCUGUGGCCGCAAGAUCACUGCGCACCGCGGCAGCAAAUCAGUCACCGUCACUGUCAGCGACGCUUGCCCUGGCUGUGCCUGGGGAUCGCUCGACUUCAGCCCCGCCGCGUUCAAGGCCCUCGGAACUGAAGACGAAGGUCGCAUUCCCAUCACCUGGACUUUUGCCUAG